GUGUGCGCUGCGGAGGAUGGACAACCUCAAGCCGUUUUUCAACUACAUCCAAACGCCGCGGGUCCGCUGUGACACGCAGAUGAUGCUGGGAGGACGUCUGCGAAACAAGAAGGGUUACAUCGACGGCAACAAGUGGCUGUGUGUGGACAAGAAGUACAAAGUGACUCCCUUGAAAUGUAUUGUCCUUUCUUUCGGUAUCGGGAAUGACUGGUCAUUCGAGGACGAAGUUGAUAGGAAGCUGGGCUGCAGGGUGUUUGCCUUCGACCCCACCAUCAAAAAGGAGAAUCACAACCGCACCGCCAGAAUCAGCUUCUUCAACCUGGGCAUCGCCGGCUUCACCGACACCGGUCCGCAUGCCAAGAAGAAGGUGGACCGCUACGCCAACAUCCUCUCGAGGCUCGGCCUCCUCAACAGUGUCAUUGACGUCCUCAAGAUUGAUGUGGAGGGGUCCGAAGUCGCUUUCUUUGGGGACGUUUUUGGGAAGACUCCCAACCUGCUGAAGAACGUCAAGAUGAUAGCGAUGGAGAUCCACAUGGACAACAAUCUCAGAGACCUUCUGCCAAGUCAUAAAGUAUUCUGGAAAUACUUUCUCCUUCUGGACUGUAUCGGCUUCAAGAUAUGGCACAGCGCCGUGAAUCCGUUCUGUGCUAACAAAGUAGUGGACGGGCAGCACCGCUCCAACUGCUACGAGAUAGUGUGGGUCCAGGACCGAGAAUGGUAACGCCACACGGUCGAGGGAGGACACGUGACUCCGGCCUAAGUCUAUAUACACCGAGUCAAGUCAUACGUAGGUUUGUGCUAGGAGACACGGCCGAGGCGUGGUUAAUGCGUGACACUGCUUGGAGCCUAACUAGAGAAUGUAGAAACAGGGAUUUAGAGAAAACGAGGAAAGGCGUACUAAUUUAAAUCAAUCACUUCAACAUGCCCUUCUUCACACCCCACACCGCCGUUUGUAGGCAUUGAAAUUACAGUCACGCAAUAGCACAAUAAAAAGACAUUUUUUCGUCAGUGGCUUGCCUGAACGCGCUGUGAAAGAAGGCGAGAUACACAUCCAGAGUGCACAUACGGCCCCAACUUUAGUCACCCCUGAACUGGCGGGUAUUUUUUUUUGGCUCCAAGUGACGUUAUCCCGCUGCUCCGCCCCAAAACUGCCUCCUGCGCGUACCGGUCGCAGUUUUGAAGCAGAGUGACUUGACUUGGUAUAUAUAGACUUAGACUCCGGCGACCAGGAGACACACCUCGCACAAGUCGUACUCUGCUACUCCGUGCCAGUGUGUGUGUGUGUGUGUGUGUGUGUGUG